AUGGCAUGCCUCAGGAUCACCCAAGAGAGCUCGACAAGCGAGAUUUACUGGCCCUUCGAGUUUGGAUCUCUGGGAGACUUCACUCAGAAGGUGAUCAGAGCCUGCACACCCGGUCCGAUCAGCGAUAUGGAGCUGAUUAUAGUCCACUACGUUCUAUACGUGCUCUUCACCCAAUGCUCGGUUGGUGCCGACGAUGAGACACUCAGACAGGACUACGAUGUGCAAGCUGCAACGUGCAGAGAGAGCCUCGAGACAAUUCUAUCAAGUCUUUCCUUUCACAUCGAUACCGAUAUUGACUCUAUCUGUGCCUUGUACAUGGCGUCUCUUCAUUGCCUGCACCGGGGGAAAGUGUCCACAGCCUGGACGUUUAUUUCAAGAGCGUCACUUAUGUGCCUGGCCUUGGGGUUGCAUAGCAGUCACGCCCUGGUAACGGAACAAGAAAGCGCAGUGCAGCGAAAGAUAUGUCUUUUCUGGGCUGUGUACGCCUUGGAGAAAGCUGUGGCUUUACGGCUAGGCAGGCCAUCGACUAUUAGAGACCAGGAUAUCACCAUCCCACGACUCACUUUGGACCGCAAAAUGACCUCCCUAGCAUAUAACCGGCUGCCUGACUGGAUUGAUAUCGCUAGCCUCUACGGCCGCUUGUAUGAUAGCCUGUAUAGCCCGACUGCAUUGACACAACCGGGCUCCGUUCGAGUGUCCCGUACCAGCGCACUGGCUUCUGAGCUGGAGCGUAUGAUAGCCGCAAGAACCGGAUAUUAUAGUCGUCCAGACCUGUGGAGUAACCAUGUGCUAGAUCUAAAUUUCUCACAGUUCAUGAUACACGCCAACAGAGCUAUAGAAUUCUCAAUUUUGGCGUCCAUCUAUCGGGGAACCCCAACAGAGAGUCCUUCGGGUAUAAAAUUAUGUACUCAAUGCAUCACGGCUGCUCGAGUAGCUCUUGAAGAGAGCGAAGCCAGCAUUGCUAUACUUUUACGUGCAGCAAAAUGGCCGACUGGUCUUCACGAAUGGGUCAACGAGAUUCUCCUCAUAGCGCCAUUUAUUCCACUCACAAUCCUGGUUUACAAUGUUGUUGAUACUGCUGACGCGUCAGACCUGGGACGCUUGAAGGGAGUGAUUGAGGGUCUACAGUCUCUGGCACAAUCGCCGCACCAUGCCAGCUGUAAUAGGCAGCUACGUGUUUUCAAGCCACUGUACGAUGUUGCAGCUCGUUACGUUGAAGCAAAGACAAGCCGGGAAUCAACAGAAAUGAUUAGCAGUCUAUUCACUAAUCCCUACACCGAUGUCUACUUCGAUGAUGACACUUGGUUACGGAAUGAAUUCUCUCCUGUCUCGUCGUUACCGUUAUCAAAUAUGUUGUCACUCGAUUUGCUCCAAGCUCCAGCAGUUACAUCAUAUGAUGAGACUCCGGAACAUAGCCAACGUGACCUCAUAAAGUAA